GCUCGGUGCAGGGGUUCUGGGUUCGCCAUGGUGUCCGACGAAGAUGAAUUGAAUCUUCUAGUUAUCAUAGUUGAUACCAACCCAAUUUGGUGGGGAAAGCAAGCAUUGAAGGAGUCUCAGUUUACUUUAUCCAAAUGCAUAGAUGCUGUGAUGGUGCUGGGAAAUUCCCAUUUGUUCAUGAAUCGUUCCAACAAACUUGCUGUGAUAGCAAGUCACAUUCAAGAAAGUCGAUUUUUGUAUCCUGGGAAGAAUGGCCGAGUUGGAGACUUCUUUGGGGACCCUGGCAACCCUCCUUCUGAAUUUAAUCCCUCUGGGAGUAAAGAUGGAAAAUACGAGCUGUUAACAGCAGCAAAUGAAGUUAUUGCUGAAGAGAUUAAGGAUCUAAUGACCAAGAGUGACAUAAAAGGCCAACAGACAGAGGCUCUGCUGGCUGGAUCCCUGGCCAAAGCCCUUUGCUGUAUCCUUGGUGUCUACAUCAUCCAGAAGUUAUCUUCUGGAGCUCACACAUUUUAACUUGGCACAUUUUUUGGAACCUUGGGUGUCCAUUAACGGAGAUUAAAUUAAGACAUUCAUAGAAUGAACAAAGAAGUUAAAGAUAAUCAGGAAAUGAAAUCAAGAAUAUUGGUGAUUAAGGCUGCAGAAGACAGUGCAUUGCAGUAUAUGAACUUCAUGAAUGUUGUCUUCGCGGCACAGAAGCAGAAUAUUUUGAUCGAUGCCUGUGUUUUAGACUCCGACUCAGGGCUCCUCCAACAGGCUUGUGACAUCACGGGAGGGCUGUACUUGAAGGUGCCUCAGAUGCCUUCCCUUCUGCAGUAUUUACUGUGGGUAUUUCUUCCUGAUCAAGAUCAGAGAUCCCAGUUAAUCCUUCCACCCCCAAUUCAUGUCGACUACAGGGCAGCUUGCUUCUGUCAUCGAAAUCUCAUUGAAAUUGGCUAUGUCUGUUCUGUGUGUUUGUCAAUAUUCUGCAAUUUCAGCCCAAUCUGCACUACAUGCGAGACAGCCUUUAAGAUUUCUCUGCCUCCUGUACUGAAGGCCAAGAAAAAGAAACUGAAAGUGUCUGCAUGAGGAUAAAAUACUUCCCCUAUUUGUUAGAGCUAAUAAUAGAAAUUAUAUGGCAGAAUCUUUGUUGGGAAAGUGCUAAAAAAAAAUAUAGAUAUUUAUAGGAUAAUGUUUAAUGUUGUGAGUUUAUUACAGGAAAUAUUUCCAAAACAUUCUUCUCAUCCUAUGCUUCUGGGAGACUAAUUCAUUUGAGGAAGUUGUUCAUUCUAUGCAAUAUAUCUAAAAUAUUCUGUGACUGAUUUUUGUCCAGAAAGGGGAAGAAAAGCACACAUUUGUGGCUUUUAUUUUUUUUAACGAGAUGAUCAUUUGUCAAAGUCAGCCUGUCAUGACUCAUUAUUGGCUUUAGAACCUAUUACCAAAUUCAGCUCCUUACUGUGAAAUGUAUGGCAUGAGAAAUAUGAACACAGCUUUGGAAAAAGUGGUUAUUUGUGGAGUAAUGGCUUAAUCAGCAUCUUACUUGAUUGAACAGUUAACGUCAACAGUAGUCAUGUAAAUAAAACCUUUAAUGUCCACAUUGAGAUUUAAGCUACUGAUGUUAGCAGAUACUUUUUUUGUCUGUUCUGAGUACAUAUUUGGAAAGUAUCAUCCCAAUGAUAUUAGUUUGUCAUUGAAUAACUACAAAAUCUUAUUUUAAAUGAGUAAAGAAAGCAGGUACAGAAAUAGUUUUUUCAAAACCAGUUGUGGGAAGAGCUUAUUCAUGAACGCUGAUGACAGGUUCUGAGGCAGAAUGUACUGGGGAAAGUGGACUCAUGUAAAGUGUUCCCAAAUAGAAUUCUUUCCCUUUUUAAUGGGGAGAGACCCAACAUGUAUAUUGGAAACUGUUCUUUAGAAGCUUUGGACUCAGUAUUGAAAACCUGUACAAGUUCAAAAGAAAAAUUAUUUGUAAUUUCAAAAAUAAAUUAUUUUUCUAUGUAAUCAU